AUGCCAACACGGUCCAGAAGAGUGCAGGGGCAACAUGCUGCAGUCCUGCGUCCUGCACCUCCUGGCAAAAACCCGAUGAUGCACAUGCGCUUUGUGGGAUGUCAGAUGCAUCCAUCAGCCGACCACUCUGGCAAAACGUGUACUAGGAUGGUCGGAAUCGACUGGAAUCUGGUCGAUCGUUGCAUGAAGUCCGACGUCGGAAGAUUGUUGCAAUUGCGCGCCGAAAGAGAGACGAACGCAAUCUGGCCUCAGUUCAUUCCCACAAUCGUUUUCAACGGGGUUUUUAAUCAAGAUUUGCAAGAUAGGUCACAAAUUGACUUCAGAGGAGCAGCAUGCCAUUUUUUGCGCUCCUCAUAUCCUGCGCUUUGUGCAAACACCACCGCAACAAAAACAACCUAA